GGCAACACGUUGCUGCACUCCGCGGCCACCUCCGGGAAGCAAGACAUCUGCGAGUUAAUAGUCGAGGAGGGCAAAGCGAAGGUGGACUCGCGGGACUCCAAGGGCUGGACCCCGCUGAUGGUGGCGGCGUUCUAUGGCCACAAGAAGCUGUGCGUGUACCUCCGCAGCAAAGGUGCAGACGCUCUCCUGAUGAACGCCUACCACAAGAGCUGCAUCGACGUGGCCAGGGACGACGAGAUCAAGGAGGUGCCUCGCGCGCCAGAUGCUGGCCGGAGGGAGGGGACGGCUUCAAGUUCUUUGAACACGCGCUCUCUUCUUAAAGUUUUAGGUUGCACCCCCCAUGCCUAGGCUGGACUUCGCGGCACC